AGAGUCUUGUGAAACAUUCUGAUCCUGCCAACCUGUCUGAUGAUGAAGUUUACGGUAAUUUAGAAUUUUCUCGAAAGUAAAUGCAGGCUUAUGGCAAAUGUUACCACUUCCGACGAGUAAACUUGUUUAACAAAAAUCGGAAGAUGGCGAAAAUUAAAGUUGUGGAAAUGUUCAGUACCCCGAAACAGUUCAUAGUUGCCAAUGAAACGUAUUCUGAGGAUAUUUGGUCAGAUGAUCCUGGUAACUAUGACGAUGACACUCAGGAUAAUAACCAAUCAGGUAACGGGAAACUCAAAUUCCAGCGGGAAGCCAGCAUGGACACAACACAGGAGGAAUUUGACCUGGACUUUAUGAUGCCAUCCAGAGUUCGCGAAAUUUUGAGUUCGGAGGGACUUACCAAGGACGUAAUAGACAAAUCGGUUAAGCACUUGGAGAAAAAACAUAGGAGAGCGCUUCACUUGACCAUUCUUCAAGAGAAAUCUCAAAGAACCAACAUAGAACCUAAGAACCAGAAAUCCAAAAGGAACUUCUCUCUGCCGCGGCUGGCCCUCGGCGAUACGGAAUCAGUCAGCGAACAUUCUGCCGAGUGUCACGACGUCAGCAUCAGAAGAGAAAAACGUCACCAGCGACCGAAGCCUUGGUCCGAGGCUCUUCCUGUCAAUGAGAUGAUUACGGAACAUAUUGUUGAACCUCCAGUGGAACCAGACUUAGAGGAACCUUUCCAGUUUUGUCUGACAGAAGCGGAGAAAGUCAAAUGGUUGUCCGAGCAACAGUUCGAGAAAGCCUUGGUGGGCAGCAAUUUCGAGCCGCCCAGAUUAGUGCUCGUCUCCUCCAAGAUUCCAAAACACCACGUGAUAUCGAAAAUACUGUUGACUCAUAACGUCGUGCACAUGGUUUAUGAUUUCGAAGUGGCAUCUUUCAAUGAAAUAUUAGAUAUGAUUUCGAAUAAACUGGAGAGUAUAAAAUCCGGGUGUAAAGCGAAGUCUAUACUCCUGCUGUGUCAGGGUGGACCGGGUUACUUGUACAUCCUCAGGAAAUUUGCCGUCACUCCGCAGAAACUCAAGAAGGAAUCUUAUAAAUGUGUGAGAGAGUUCUGGAAAACGUUAAGCAGUUAUGUUAGCAAAAUUGACCAAAAUGAAUCUGCUAUUCACAUUUCUGGAUGUACCCUUGAAGAGAGUUUUCAGGGAAGAGAGGUUGUACGAUUUAUACAACGACUUGUCCAGGCCAACAUGGUCAAGAUUUCGGCAAACGACGACCAGUCCGAGAAGGGUCAAAAGGUGAUUUCUCGGUACUUCAACAUCAGAUUAUUUAACUACUGGAAAGCUCAUUUAGAUGGCAGUGAUGAUGAAAUUGACUUUGACAAAGUGGAAAAGGAAGACCUGCAAGUCGAGGCCCCUUCAGAAGAUGACCCCGAAGCAGGUGUCAGAACAUGGUCAUCCCUGGCAAAACAAUUUGACAGGGACUAAGUUUAUUUGUGUUCUUACUUUCUGGGAAAUACAGAGAGCAGAUGUGAACUAUGAAAUCUAUUUUUUUGAAGACAAUGGUGGUGAUUAAGUUGGCCUUCUACAUGAACAUGAGAGUGCACUUUAUGUCCACACAUUAACAAAAUCUGAAUGCAACAUUAUCUGUGCACUAUCAAUGCGUUAUCUGUGCACAAUACGACAGAACUGAUGAUGGAUCCAGGAAACCAAUGUGCUUCAAUAUUCAGUACUGUGAAAUGCUUUUAAAUCGGUAGUUUGAAAUGUUUUGGACUAGGACAUUAGUGUGGGAUUGCAAAUGUUAAUAAUUUGUGAAUAAUUACAUUGUGUAUAUAUCUAGACUAUAUACAGGUCUAGUUUUAAAGUUAAUAAAUCUUAAACACGUA